AUGGGUCGAAUAUGGCCCAUCAGCGCCCUCCGGAGAACACCGCGUACAGAAGGCAAAGAACAACGCGCCCUGGAUCCGGAUUAUCUCGUCAAGUUUGACCAGGAUGACCCCGCCAAUCCCCAGAAUUGGCCUGUCCUAUAUAAAUGUUGGAUUACAUUCCAGUUGGGCAUGCUCGCCUUAGUGGGAAGUUUGGCUUCGAGUAUUACCACGCCUGCCGACGACACUAUCGCAAGAUACAUCGGCGUGAACAGCGAGGCUGCUGUUCUUGAUGUUUCUCUCUAUCUUCUCGGCUUCGUACUUGGCCCUAUUCUCUGGGCGCCCAUUUCAGAGAUCUGGGGUCGCCGAGUGAGCAUCCUGCCCCCCGUGUUCUGUCAAGCAAUCUUUUCAAUCGGAACUGCAGAAAGCAAGAACGCAACGUCAGUCUUUUUGACGCGUUUCUUCGCCGGGUUCUUUGGCUCUGCCCCCAUUAGCAACGUCUCUGCUGCACUCGGGGAUAUUUUUAAUCGAGAGUCUCGCGGAAUCGCCGUCAGUUUAUAUGCUGUGGCAGUGAACGGCGGCCCAUCACUGGGCCCUAUCAUCGGUGCGGCUCUUCUCCGCAACCCUCAUCUCAAUUGGCGUUGGACCGAGUACAUCCAGGCAAUCUGGUCGAUUGUCAUUUUCACCAUGGCAUACUUCUUCCUGCCGGAGGUGUAUCCGUUAGUCAUAUUGAAGCGAAAAGCAGAGCGCCUUCGCAAAGAAACGAAUAACCCGGCCUAUUAUCAUCCACACGAGCACCUGGAACUUGAUUUCCACUCAAUCAUGACGAAGCAGCUCUCCCGACCGUGGAAAAUGCUGCUCACCGAGCCCAUCGUCACCUGCAUUGCCUUCUACGCCGCGUUCGUGUACGGCGUCAUGUACCUCACCCUCGAGGUAUUUCCAAUUGUCUUUCAAGAUAUCCGCGGAUGGGACCCCCUCGUCGGUUCGCUCCCCUUUCUGGCCCUGUUGAUCGGCGUUAUAUCGGCGGUUGGGCUUAACAUCUGGAACCAAUUCUACUACAAUAAAAUCUCUCGCGCUGCAAAUGGCCGACCCGUUCCAGAAGCUCGAUUACCGCCAAUGGCAUUUGGGGCAAUCUUCUUCGUGGUGGGCGUGUUUUGGUUUGCGUGGACCGCGAAACCGCCUCAUCAUUGGAUCCUCCCUUGUCUGGCGGCCAUGUUCAUUGGGGCAGGGUUCAAUUGUAUAUUCCAGCAGUGUCUGAACUUCUUGAUUGACGUCUAUCGGUUGUAUGCGGCGAGUGCGACGGCAGCGGUUACUUUCCUUCGGAGUAUUAUGGCCACGGGGCUUCCAUUGGCGGCUAAGCCGAUGAUCAGAGCGCUGGAUGUUGGACCGGCGGUUUCUAUUAUUGGCGCGGUGGCUGCGGUCUUGCUCCCUGUUCCGUUCUUGUUUAUGAAGUACGGUCCUCAGCUGCGCAGUUUAUCAAAACUGGUGCCUGAAGAGUGA